AUGGGCAAUCAGGAAGGAAUGUGUUGUCUAUCCAGAGACAAGGAAUAUCAUGUGCUGAACAAUGAAUUAGUUAUAUUUCGAGAAUAUUUGAAUGUCAAAAUAACUGUAAAAUUAGGCGAUAUCUCGAAAGAAUCGGGAGAGAGUGUAAUUUGCUUAUAUACGAAUCCCGAGAAAAUACCUUUGCAAGCAUCUUAUACACAACAAGUUUAUGACAAUUUAUGUAAAAUUGGUUACGAGAAUGUGUACACUUAAAACCUGGAAAUGAGCAACUACAAAUGCAUAGCGUAUUAUCGAGUGAGAGCAUUCGAGUCAGAAAAAGAUUUGUUUUAAUAUUAUAAUGGAUUCAAAGAGUGGUAUUGCAAUAUUCAUAAUAAUAGUUUGACACAAUUAAAUGAUGAUCAGUACAAGGACAUCUUAAUUUGCGAUUGUCCUAUUAAGUAAAGUAGAUCCUUCAGUUCUGAAGUGCUCGUCAGAUCAGUUAUUGAUUUCAUUGAGGAAUCCAAUAAUCGACUACACAUUAAGAGCAUUACCAUUAUGAAUUGUGAUAAAAAGAGUUCUCGUUUCCUCAAAUAUGAUCUAAUCAAACAAAUCGAAGAGUCUAAACAACCAGCCCUCAGGAAAGAUAGACAAAAUAAGUUCAUGAAGUUCAUAACCUCAACUAAGAGUGUCACUUCAGAAAUGGGAAGACAAAACAAAUGUGAUUUUAGUUUGAAGGAUUUUGAUCUGGGAGAUGAAUCUAAAUUAAUGAAUAUGAAAGAAGAAUAAUGA